AUGACGGACAACACCUCUCUCGCGAAGGAGGCCCCCAAAAAACUCGAUAUCCGCCUCUACACCCACAACAUUCGCUACGCAACAUCCUACCCUUUCAAAAACGAACUCCCCUGGCCCCGCCGCGCCCCGCUCGUCAUCUCCUCCAUCCGCCUCCAUGCCCGUCACAACCCGCAAUCCCUGAUAUGCCUCCAAGAAGUCCUCCACUCUCAACUCCUCGAUAUCCUUGAAGGUCUCGGCCCCGAAUGGGCCCAUGUUGGCGUUGGUCGAGACGAUGGUCAAAAGGCUGGGGAGUACUCUCCGAUUCUGUUUCGGUAUUCGGUUUGGGCGAUUGAGAGGGUGAGGAGUAUUUGGUUGUCAGAGACUCCGGAAGUGCCGAGUAAAGGGUGGGAUGGGUCGAAUAAGCGUAUUUUGACGUCGGUUUUGUUGAGGCAUUGGAAGACGGGUGUGGUGGUUUUGGGGUUGAAUACUCAUUUGGACGAUCAGGGAGUUGUGGCGAGGUUGGAGAGCGGCAAGAUUAUUCUCAAGCAUAUUGCGGACCAGCAGCAGCUGUUUCUCUUGGGCCAGCAGCAGCAGCAACAACAACAACAACAACAACAACAACAGCAGCAGCAGCAACAACUCGGACUCAGCCAUGAUCAGCAGCAACAACAGAAACCGAGCGAGUUACCGAUAUUCCUGGCAGGAGAUUUCAACAGCACCCCAGACGAAGAAGCAUACAAACACCUCACUACUGAUUCCUCCUCCUUGCGCGAUUUGAGGAACGUCGUGGGAAAGAGCGAGAGGUAUGGCCACGACAAUACGUUUACGGGGUUCGAGAGUCGUCCCAUUGACCAGAAGAGGAUUGAUUUCUUGUUCUUGAGUAAGGGUGGUGGAUGGAAGGUUGACGGGUAUGGGGUACUGGAGACCCGAUUUGAGGAUGGGGUCUUUUCGAGUGACCACCGACCUGUAGUCGGCGACCUCUCCCUCACCCAUUGA